AUGUGGUUUCUGUAUGCGUAUAUUGGUGGUGGUGUUUUACGGCAAGAGGGGAUUCCUCUCUUCCCCUCCUCGUACACCCUUUCCCUUUUUUUUGUGUUUUCAUCCGUUCGUCUAUUCAAGUUCUUUCCUUUUUUGUCCUUUUUUUCUUUUUUGCUUCAACAGUUAACAACGACUUUUUUUCAUUUUUCACCAUCCUCUUUCUAUCCAUCUCCUGUUAUUCCAUUUCUUUGUUCGUUCACGUCGGUGUGCUUCACUUUUUGUGUAAUUUUCCUUUUCUUUGUUUUUGUGCUAGAUUGUUCCUGCUUUUUUGUACCUACUCUAUUGCACAGUAGCUUAAUCACUUUUUUCUCGUUCUCUUUCCCUUUUAUUUUCCACGUUUCUUUUUACCACAUAUCUGUUUCCGUUGUUGCCGCGCCGCUGGGCAGCAAACAAAGUGGGGGAGAUUACUUCUCUUGUUUAUUUGUUGUGCGUGCGACUCCAUACACGCUGCCGAAGGGUGAAAAAACAGUGAUUGUAGGCGUAGGACAGUGCGGACGGAAACGGAGAAAGGUUGAGACCCCCGAAGUGCGACGCAACAGCGAUCGGUAUAUAUAUAUAUAUAUAUUUGGAGGGGGAGAAGAGUUAAGGUAA